GGCAGACAUAAAAACAGUGCUGGAAAGGACUGGAGCUUUGGCAAAACUGUUGUUUGAUCGCGCUUUUUACAAUUACUCUAUAAAAUUGUAUUAAAAUGGUGCUUAUUAUGCGUGUUUCGCCGCCCGAACACGGCCUUCUGUAUACGGCCAACAACAUCAAGCUCAAACUGGGCGACAAGGUGGUGGGCGAGGGCACGAUUUACAUUGCCCAAAAUACGCUAUCCUGGCAGCCAACUGACCAGCCGGAGGGCAUAUCCAUCGAGUGGAAGCAGGUGAGCCUGCACGGCAUCUCCUCGAACCCGAGGAAGUGCAUCUACUUCAUGUUGGACCACAAAGUGGAGUGGAACGGCGUCUACGGAGAUCCUCCGCAGCCGGCGGUUAAUGGCCAGAAUGGCGGGGGUCCAGACGCCGACGUGGACGAAGGAAAUGGGAGCGAUGAGCAUGAGGAUGACGAUAAUUUUGAGGACGCCGUGGACGAGCAGUUCGAGGAGGUCACAGAGUGCUGGCUGCUGCCGGACGACAUCCACACCGUGGACACCAUGUACAGCGCCAUGACCACUUGCCAGGCACUGCAUCCGGACUCGGCGGACAGCGACUCGGAGGACAGCGAUCCCAUGCAGGAUGCCGGUGGCUUGAACGACGAGGCCAUGGAGGAGGAUGACGCCCUGACGCUGGGACGGAACGGCGUCCAGAAUCUCAGCCUGGACGACGAUGAUGAGAGAUUCGAGGACGCCGACGAGUGAAUCAGCAUCACCUAUUUAUAUACCGACAUCCCUUUUUUACCAGAUUAAGUGUACGAAUUGUAAAGAUACAUAUGUAUUGGAUUAGAUUUUGAAGAACUAAAUAAAACGCUGUGAGCGCGACUAAAAACUAA